CCAAACGGAUCGUGACCUUCUCCUCCCUCAGCAUCGCGGAACUCCCGCCAACCACCGACAUCCCGCCCAUCUCAGUUCCGGUGAAUUUCCAAAGGUUGGCUAUUGUUCUCUCUCUGAAUAGUCCCCUCAUCAUCCUCCAUCGCCAUUAUACCCCCUAUACGACCGUCACGCGGUUAGCGACAGCUUUCUUCAACGCGUCUGCCUGUUCGGCAACCUCGCGACUCUAGCCAGAAAACAAUCCCCCACGUUCGCUGGUUCGAGUAUCCCAUUCUAUACUUGACCUGGCGCGCUCGCAUCCUCAUGCGUACUUGAAUGCGAGUGCGAAAAGAUCGUCAUGAAUCCAUGGCCGGACGCGGGAGUGAAUGGCACGACUGAUGCCAAUGGUGUAUAUCCAUUUGGCACUGCCAACCCCCAGAUGAUCGAUGGCUCCAUGUUCAAUCCGAAUGGCAUCGAUUUGGGCCAGAUCCAGACGCCGCAGCAACAGCUUCCGCCGCAGGGGAUGCAGAAUGGAACGGUGCGCAACGAUUCUCCUGCGUUUAAUACUCCUCAGGCGCCAUACAACGUCAACCAAGUCGUCCCAUCGAAGCGAUCGCGACCCGGCGAUGAGAACAUCGCGCAAUCCCCUCGCCAGCAUCCUCAUAACGUGAGCCUUUCGCGAUCGCAAACCCCUCAACAACAAACAGCGCAUCCUCCGUUCCCCAACAAUCAGUUCUCCGGGCAGAAUCUCCACGCACCUACCCCAUUUCAACACCUCCACCAAGGCGGAUCCAACAACGCGACUCCUUCUCCAACCAUGCAGAACCAGCAGUUCCGUCCGCCGGGGAAUCAGCAACGCAUGCAGACCAUGUCCCCCAAUCCAUUCCCUGGACCGCCACAACAACCGGGUAUGGGAAUGUCGCCUACUCCGGAUCCAAAUGCUGCGAGGAUGGGGACACCCCAAAACCCCCAGUUCCAGCAAAUAGGAGGAGGAAUGACUCCCAAUCAGAUGCCGCAAAACUUCGGCCAGAACUUUGGCAUGGCUGGUCCGGGUUUGCCCAACUUCAACGCUGCGGGCAUGCCGACUCUUACUCCCGGCCUCCAACAACAACAACGAGAAGCUCAGCGGAUCUACCAAAUGAAAUUUGCUCAACACCAACAUCAAUUGAACGCGCAACAAUCCCAACAGCGCGCGGCGGCCAUGAUGAACGCGGGAAUGAUGAACCCGCAGGCGAUGCAGAACAUGCAAAACAUGCAGAACAUGCAGAUGAAUCAGGCUCGACCGCCGACCCAGAUGGGCAUGAACAAUGCCCAGCAGCAGCAGCAAGCAAUUGCGGCCACGAAUGCACGACAGUACGAGCAGUUCGUCCGCCAAGUUCACAGCUUCAACCAGGGCCAAGGUCGACCGUUUGACGUAAACCCCAACGUGGCGGGCAGACCUGUCAAUGUAUAUCAGUUGUGGAUGUGGGUCAUGAAGAACGCCCGAGGCAGUCGAAACGUCAGCAAAAUGAAUAUGUGGCCGCAGUGCGCGCUUGGAUUAGGAUUCAACCCGGCACAGGCUCCUCAGGUGGGCGCUGAACUGAAGGCCAUCUAUGAGAGGAACUUGGGCCCAUAUGAGCAGAUGUAUCUGCAGAGGACUAAUGCUGCGCAGCAGCAGCAGCAGCAGCAGCAACAACAACAGCAACAGCAACAGCAACAGCAACAGCAACAGCAACAGCAACAGCAACAGCAACAACAACAACAACAACAACAACAACAACAACAACAACAACAACAACAAAGAGCCAUGUUGGAGCAGCAGCAACAGCAGCAAGGAAUAUCAGGUUCCCCUCCGAUGGGCAGUCUGAGAGGUCAGAUGGGAAUGAGUCCGACCAAACAGCCCGGCGUGUCUAUCCCCGGACAAGAAGGGUCGCCCGCACAACUGCAAACUCCUGUGAGGAGCCAAGUUCCUACUCAGCCGCAAGGACCACCUCCAGGACAAGUGACCCCACAAACAGGCGGUGCUGCGAAUGCAAAUGGAUACAUGCCGCCAGCGCAACCUGCUUUCAUGGACGGAGCGAUGUCGGGAAGCGCAACCCCGGUGCCGAUGCAGAGAUCACAGGAGCCGAAAUCCGGGGUGAAACGGACCCCGUCAUUAAAAGAGGGCUCACUGCCAGUGCAGCUCCCUAAUGGCAACGAUGUUGUCGAUCGUCCCACAAGCGUAGACACGCAACCCAUCAAAUUCGGUCCUGAAGACAGCAAAACGUUUAUUCCGAGUGUCCGGAAGGAAGUCGGCGGGUAUGGUGGCAUCUACGUUGAGGCAUUCAGCAGACACGGCGAAGAGAUUGCAAAAGAGAAGCCGAAAGUACCUCGAUGGGAAGAGAUCGGCGCAGUGAAUAUCCAUGCUCUCUGUCUUGCUCUGCAAUGUGGCAUGAUCAGGGAAGAACGCUGGGCCCUUGACACGCUCCUCAGGCUUAGCUGCGAGAGCAAGGUGACCAUUAAGCUUGAUGAAGCCUAUGGUCUCGUGGACAGCCUCCUUGAUUGUGCCGAGUCGCAAAUCGACGAGCUGGAUGAGGCAGCCCAGGAGGUGAGCGAUGAAGUGGAGCUCCCUUGCUAUGAAGAGAUGAUGCGAGUUGCUCGUUUCGAAGCGGAAAGCAUCCAAGAUGUCCCUCUCGCUGGAUCAAAAGAGUGGGACCUAGAUGGAAACGCGGCACGUUUACUUUCGAUCAUCACCGUCCUCCGCAACUUAUCCUUCUUCGAAACGAACGCCCCGCAGCUCGCAGAUGAAGAAGUCCUCAAGUUCUGUUCCCAACUCAUUCGUCUAAUCGGCACCCGCGAGAAGUUUCUGAGAAGCCCUCUCUACACCCAAGACGUGAUGAAAGACCUGGUCAUCUUCCUUUCCAACAUCGCCGACAAAGUCGAGCUACCGAGCAAGGAAGAUGCUCACAACAUCCUCAAUUUCAUUCUUGCAUUCGCUCCCCAGCAAAGCCCGACCUCGACCUUCCCGUUCCAUUUCGAAAUCUAUAAACCCAUGGUCCAUCGCUACCUCCCACCUGCGGUGGAUACCCUAGCGAAGUUCCUCGCACGCGAUGAACCCAAUAGAGGCUACUUCAAAGAGCUCUUCUCCGCCGAAGGCUACGGGCCUCAUAACGAGCUACUCGCUGGAUCCCAACAGAGUCCCAUCACACGCAAGCCUCCGCAACUCACCGUUGGCCAAGAGCUCCUCACCCGCGUCUUCGGCAUGGCGAUCAGCGUUAUCCCCGUGCGCGAUAGGCCCAUGAGCCAGCCAAGCGAGCGAACCCUCUGCGAAAUGCGGAAGCCCCUCAUCGCGCAGGGCAUGCUCUCCGCCGACAUCCUCUCCAGCAUAGCCCUGGAACUCGCUCUCGUAGCAGCCAACGCCUCACCCAACCACAACGACGACGCGACCACCUCCAACCCCCUCCAUCGCGUCACCGGCCGAGCCACGCCCUCCCAAUCUUCCCCGCCCCUCCCCCGCCUCUGGCACACCUCUGCGGACGGGUGGGCCGGACACCUCAUCCGAUUCGUGUGUGUGCGCUCGUCGCAGCUCGCGGACGACCGGCGCAAGCUCAAGGUCAUCGAGAUGCAGCUGGCACCGCAACUGCAGGGCGGGGGGCGCCACCAGCGGAAUACGCAGGCGCUGCAGCAGUUCAACAUCGAUAAGAUGGAGUGCGAGGACUGGGCGAACACGAUCCGGAGGGCGAUGGGGGUGUUGUUGAAGGUGGCAAGGGGAGCGAGGGUCGGGGAGGAAGAUGAGUAUAGUGGGGUGGCGAGGGCGGUGAGUAAGGGAAAGGGAAAAGCAGUAAGUCAGGAGACGAAUGGGGAAGUGAUUAUGGAGGAGGACCGGAUAAAUGGGAAAGUUCAGAAUGGGUUGAACAGCGAUGGUGAUGUUUCACAGGCGGACAGACCUGAUGUCGCCAGCGAGGAUGCCGAUGAUGAUGUGCACAACGCGUCGGAGACUCCGUUCCAGCGCGUCGCGAGGAAGUACGGUGGUGCGUACGUGCAUAGCGACAUCUGGCCGCGGAAAGAAUGGUUGCUGGGCGCGCAGGGCAUGGAGUUUCUGGAUCCAAAAGCGCUGAAGAUGCUGGAAGAAUACGCGGAUUUGGAAUAUACAUAAAGCUAGCCCGGUGGUGGCUGCUUCGGAUGCUGGUGGCGACGAGUUUGUGUUCCGAUAGCAGAGCCGUUACCUACCCUCGUGUGCGAGUUUGUUGUCGUUGAUUUGUGGUUGAUAUGGAUCCAGCGAAGUGGAUUGAUUCGACAUUCGAACACUUUUAUGAGAACAAGGGGGCUUGCAAGAGGCGCCUGAUGAUGGAUCGGAGAAUUCGUGUUUACAUUUUCAUCUUUUGCGGGGAGUUGGUGUUCGUUGGCAAAACCAUGUGUACGCUUGCGAUUCUGUACAGUGCAAAUAAACCCUAUUCGACAAGUUU